AUGAACCGCAAGCCCGUCCCGCUCUCCGAGUUCGCCCUGCUCUCCGACCUCGAACCGACCUUCGAAGAGCGCCUCGCCCGGCUCGAGAAGGCGGUGGGACCACAUCCGCUGUUCAAGCCGAUCAAUAUCGAGUCAGAUAGCGAGGACGACGAGCCGGCGCUGCCCGUCAGGAAGGAUGUCGAGCGCGAGGAUGGACGUCUGGCGGGACAGAAGCGCGUGAGGGAUGGACAGGGCCAGGCGCAGGAUGCUCGCAAGGAGGCAGAGAAGGCGAUCGAGGCUCUCGAACCGCCCAAGAAACGUCAAGCUACAACUUCGUCUCGCCAGCCCGCCUCGAAGCCAGUUCCGCCCGUUCAGCCAACGAAACCGCCUCGCCCCGAGCUUACCGAAGUGCUUGUCCUCGACGAGUUGUCCGAUGGCCCUGUAGCUUCGACGUCGAAGCUUCCCACCGCGGCUCCGACCAAGACCCGCUCGCCGCCCGUAACGAGUUCUCCGUCAACCAGCCCUCCCGUCGUCGAUGUCCUCUCUUCCGACAGCGACUCGGACGGCUGCGCGAAGGGUUCCAAGGCCGUCAACGCGCGCGUCAGCAAAGUCCGGGGCAUCGGAAAGGCUAUCGCGCCGCGCGCGAGCCGCUCCAACGCGUUCGAAGUCCCUCUCGUCGCUGGCCAAGCUGGCGCUGCCUCCGCCCGGACUCGCAAGAAGCCACGUCUCUCGCUCGAGCAAGCCCUCACAGAAGCUCGCAAAAUCAAGGGCGACAAGCUUGCCGAGCAGUUCAAGACUGUGUCCGACUUCAUCGACUAUCUCGAGCAGUUCUCGCCUCAGCUUGCCGACUCAAAGAAGAUCCUGGCCGGCUGCCGCAUCGUCUUCGUCAACACCGACCACUGGCGUCGCUCGUCGCAGACAGUCGUCGUGCGCGCCGCCGCAAGCACAGCGCCGCGGAACCGCUUCGACCAGGCUUUGCGUACCAACAUGAGCGUCGCGGCGAAGAACGGCGCGACCCUCGUACGCCCGGAAGACUUUGUCCCUCCACCGUACGAAGUAACGGGCGAGCCAUUCGACCUCGAACGGGCGGAAGCAGAAGGCUGGACGACGCACAUCAUUCCGCUCGUGCCGCAAGGCCAGCGCGCACCAACGUACAAGGAGAUUAUUGCCUGCCUCGGGCCCGACAGCAGCGGUAUCAAUGACGACGAGCUCGGUCCCUUCGUUCAGGUGGUCGGUUUCCCCUGGAUCACCAAGUGCAUCGAUGUCAAGGGCAAGGCGUCCGAGUGGCCGUACGUCCUGAAGGGCGACUUCAGGCAGAGCGAGGCGGAGGCGGAAAAGGAGGAGAAGGUUAGGCAAGUGGUGAAGGAGCGCGAACGGGCGAGGAAAAAGCAGGCGAAGCUCGAAGCUGCGAAGAAGAAGAAACUUGGCGCGAAGGGGAAGGGCCAGGAGCAGGAGGACACGGACGUCGAGGAGUCAGAUGGCAGCGAUGGUCACGCGGACGGCGUGUCUCCGCUUGGUCCGGAGGACUGGCCCGAGGGUGAGGCUCCGCCAGCCGGCUACUUCGACCAGGCCACAAGCCAGUCGACCCUAUCGUCACUCCCGCCACGUCAGAAAAAGGCGAAGACCCCGACGACAGCUCAGGUCGGCGGCGGCGGAUCUCUCGAGCAGGAAGACGUCGAGAUGAGCGACCCUAUCGAAGACGCCGACUUGACGCGCAAGAUGGCCGGCCCGUCAUCAUCGCCUGCGGCCCAGGAGAGCCCGAAGGGCAGAGGGAAGGCGAAGGCGAAGGCGAAGGUGGCGAAGAGGGCCGUUCCCAAGGGCCUGGAGGACGAGCUCGCCAUGGUCGACAAAUACGGCCUCGACGAUAUCGACGAGUUCCUCGAGAAAGGCACCAUCGACCCUUCGCCUGUCUCGUUCGACGACGACGAGUGCAUGAUCCUGUCGAACCGGGUCGACUCCUUCUCCACCGAAGAGGAGAAUAGCGACGAGGAGAAGGAGGAGUUCAACCCGAGGAAACGAGUUCAAAGGAACUACCGCUACGCCUGCGACAACCCCGAGGAGAACCGCGCCACUCGCAACGGUCCGAACGAACCCGUCGCGUUCCAGCUCGAAAAGCUAGCCGACCUGCAGUCGACGACGACCGAGAAGGACCAGUUCCGCCAACGCUCGUACAAGCAGGCCGCAAACAAGUUGCGCAGCUGCCCGACCAAGGUCACUCGCUUUGACCAGCUCGUCAAGCUCCGCGGUAUCGGCGAUAAAAUGGCGAACAAGAUUAUCGAGAUCCUGCGCACCGGGACGCACCGCCGCCUGACGACCUUCCAGACUGAACGCGAGAAGACGGUUAAGCUCUUCUGCGGCAUCUACGGCGUCGGACAGGCAAAGGCAGCGGAUCUGUACGACAGGGGCGCCCGUUCGGUCGAGAUGAUCAGGCGCGACCCUGCUCGGUUCGGCGCGGAUCUCCUUCACGUCGGCUUGAAGUACUACGAGGACCUCCUGGAGCGCAUCCCGAGGGACGAGGUGACGGAGCUUUACGGGCAUGCGAAGCGCAUCGCCUACAACAUUGACCCGAAACUUCAAGUCUGGUGCAUGGGCAGCUAUCGCCGAGGCGCCGAGACGUGCGGCGACAUCGACUUGAUUGUCACGCGGGACCCGAGCGACGGCAAGACGCAUGAGGGAGCCGUGCAGAAGCUGUGGAAGGGUCUGGUGGCGGAGAAGAUGGUGCGACACGAGCUGACGGUGCCGGAGGACUGGCGCUCGCUCGAUGCGCUUGUACACGAUUUGAUCAGGCUGCCAAAGCCUGGCGCCAAGAUGCGCCGCAUUGACGUUCUCGGUGUGCCGUUCGACGAAAUUCCCGCCGCCAUGAUCUACUUCACAGGCAACGACUACUUCAACCGCUCGAUCCGUCUCAAGGCUCGCCGCCACGGCUACCGUCUCAACCAGCGCGGUCUCUACAAGGAUGUCGCGCGCGACAGGAAGGGUGACAAGCUUACCGAAGGCGUCCCUGUCCCCGGCAUCAAGCACGAGAGGGACAUCUUCAGGAUCCUCAAGGUGCCGUACUGCGAACCGGAGCAGAGGCUUCCAUAG